AUGUCUUUGUUAUGUGAGGAUGAAUGGAAGAACUACGUAGAAGUUGUCAAGAGUAGCAGUGUUAGGUGCUUGGAAGUUGUUGUGGAGAAGGGGUCUAGCCCAAUUGUGGUGGCUAUGGAUGAUAAUUUGGAUGUGGAGCCUGUAGAGAACCUUACCCAAGAUGAAGAGUUGCAGGCGGUUGUCGUUAGAGAAGUUGAUAGGUCAUGUGAGCCUAGUGCCUUGAAUGAUGAUUUCGAUGAAGAAACGUUUGAUGAGGACGAUGGCGACGGAGAUGGAAUACAUGAUAUGGAUGACAUAUUCGAAGGAUCAUAG